ACUUCCCAUCAUCGUCAUCAUCAUCACGGUGUCGGUGUCAUCUUUUUCACUCCAGUUUCAUAGCAGCUAACGUAACGAACUUGGUUUUGUCCCUUUCAAGUGCAGUUGUUCGUUGCAAGCCACCAAACCCCAAACAAUGGCUAAGCACAAUAACAGAGCCACACUUCAGUUCCUCUUACGCUGCUUCCCCCACCGCUCAAGGAACCCACCUCUUCUCCCUUCGGCAGGGUUGUCUUCUCGCUUUAUCUCGGGCUUUGAUGAAAAAAACAGGCUUUUACAGCGCAAUAUCGUUCACGGGGAUCGGCAACUUUUGUCCUUUUUCAACCCUGUAAGAAAUUUCGUUGAAACCAAACAAUGGGGUGUUGGAAUUCAGCGCAAAUGCUAUGGAUCGUUGGCGGGGUUGGUUCAAAGGAACCCCAGAUUCUCAAAGUUUAACGAUGAUGAUGUUAGAUACUUCGAGGGUAUAUUGGGUAGUAAAAAUGUUGUUCAGGAUGAGGACAGGCUUGUCACUUCAAACACUGAUUGGAUGCAUAAAUACAAAGGCUCCAGUAAGCUCCUCCUACAGCCUAGGACCACUGAUGAGGUUGCUCAGAUUCUUAAAUAUUGUAAUUCCAGAUGCUUGGCUGUUGUUCCCCAAGGUGGAAACACUGGUCUUGUCGGAGGAAGUGUGCCCGUCUUUGAUGAAGUCAUUAUCAGUCUUAGUUCUAUGAAUAAGAUCAUAUCUUUCGACAAGGUUAGUGGAAUAUUGGUAUGUGAAGCUGGGUGCAUAUUGGAAAAUAUAAUCUCAUUCCUGGACAAUGAAGGAUUUAUUAUGCCACUAGACUUAGGUGCAAAAGGGAGUUGCCAGAUCGGUGGAAAUGUCUCAACUAAUGCUGGUGGUUUGCGUCUUGUCCGCUAUGGAUCCCUUCAUGGAAAUAUACUUGGUGUUGAAGCUGUUCUAGCAAAUGGUACCGUGCUUGACAUGCUUAAGACAUUGCGCAAAGAUAAUACUGGAUAUGAUUUGAAACAUCUAUUUAUAGGAAGUGAAGGUUCCUUGGGAAUUGUUACUAAAGUUUCAAUACUUACCCCACCGAAGUUAUCUGCAGUAAAUGUGGCUUUUCUUGGUUGCAAAGAUUAUAACAGCUGCCAGAAAUUGCUACAGGAAGCAAAAAGGAAACUUGGGGAGAUUUUAUCUGCAUUUGAAUUUCUGGAUAGCCAGUCUAUGAAUUUGGUGUUAAAUCACCUGGAAGGUGCACGAAAUCCGAUACCUACGUCAUUGCAUAACUUUUAUGUUCUGAUUGAGACAACAGGCAGUGAUGAAUCCUCUGACAAACAAAAGCUUGAAGCAUUUCUACUCGGCUCCAUGGAGAAUGAAUUGAUAUCAGAUGGUGUUCUUGCACAAGACAUAAAUCAAGCAUCAUCAUUCUGGCUUCUACGUGAGGGUAUACCAGAGGCUUUGAUGAGAGCAGGAGCUGUUUACAAGUAUGAUUUAUCAAUACCUCUUGAACACAUGUACAGUCUUGUCGAAGAAAUGCGCUCUAGACUAGGUAGCACAGCUAAUGUAGUUGGAUAUGGUCACCUUGGAGAUAGUAAUUUGCAUUUGAACGUUUCUACUCCUCAUUAUGAUGACAAGAUUUUGUCACAAAUUGAACCUUUUGUAUAUGAGUGGACAUCUAAGCACCGAGGGAGUAUUAGCGCUGAGCAUGGUAUAGGACUAAUGAAAGCCAACAAGAUUUACUACAGCAAAUCAAGUGAAACUGUGCAACUGAUGGCUUCGAUCAAGAAUUUGAUGGACCCCAAUCACAUACUCAACCCAUAUAAAGUUCUUCCUCACUCUCUCACUUCAUAAUCAUAAGCUCAUGUGCAAAAGUUGAUGUUUUUGCACACUUCCUAAAAGUGAGACAAUGUUAAAAGUGUUCUGUUACAUUGUCAUAAUAAUUAAUUGUGUUAUGCAGUGAAUUCGUAACACUUGUAAUUUACCAUUUUCCUACUUUUUAUUAGAUUGAUUAUCUUUC